AAUUCUAGCAGUCAGUUCUGGACAGAAAAUAGUGGCUCGUCUUGGCAUAACAAGUGCGACAUUUCAAAGGAAGAAGAAGAAGAAGAAGAACAUAAGACAACAAAACGUGUGCAACACUGCAGUUUUCGUCUUCCCUCCUCCUUUUUUUUUAUUUAAAACAAGCGUUAUUGUACGUUUUCUUCCUCCCCCCCUCCCUAAUUGAUGCAAAUGGCCGGUUCGAUUUCUUUCGCGCCCAGCAGUGCCCCGCAAGUGUCCGGCUUAUUGAAAGACAGAGUAUUAAUCAAAGGACAGCAACAAAGGAGUUGCACUAGUCCGUCGAGCGGCAGCAGUAGGUUGUCGUCGAAGAAGAUGCCCACAAGUACGGGCGUCCACAAAAUGGGUGACCAACCGGCCAAUUUGACGGGCCGCAAAUCAUCCGUCUUCACCAUCGACAAUCUUUUGGCGCCCAGCAUCAAAAGUCCAGCUUCGCCACCGGUGACAGUGAAUCAUAGGACACCCGUCAGCACUCCACCGAGUGGCACCUCACCGGCUGCCUUCGCUAAUUCGGACAUGAUCCAGCAACAGUUCCAGCAGUACCACCAGCAGAAUAUGUUCUCCGUCGUCGGCCAUCCGUCGCACCAACACAUCAUGCCACUCAAUUUGGCCGACCCGACAGCUUACGGCUACGCCUAUUUAGGGAUGUUAUCGGGACAUGCUGCAUCAGGGUUGUAUCCGCAUUCGCAACAUUGCGGAAACGUCGGUGCCGGCGUGAUGCAGCAUCAGUCAUCGUCGCCUUUAUCUGUGAUAGCCAGCAAUGGCGGCAACGUCGGUCAGACCUUAUACUCCGUGCCUCAUCAUCAUCAUCACGCUCACCACCACCUGCUUCCGCAUCAGCAUCAGGGAUGCUGGCCAUUCCCGACUCAAACGUCGACCUCCUCCAGCAUGGUCGGCUCCAGUUUAGCGUCGAUGACAACGUCGAGCGGCAAACGGAAGCGACGCCAUCGCACCAUUUUCACCGAGGAGCAGCUGGAGAAAUUGGAGGCCACAUUUCUUCAGACGCACUACCCCGAUGUUUUGCUUCGCGAACAGCUAGCGCUCACCGUCGACCUCAAAGAAGAACGAGUUGAGGUUUGGUUCAAGAAUCGUCGAGCCAAGUGGAGGAAACAAAGACGCGAAGAACAGGAACAGAUGCGCACCAGGCAACAGAACCACCAUCUUCCUGGCCAUCAUCAUCGUUCGUCAGUCAAAGACGCCAUGGACAACACCGACGACCUCUCCCUGGACAUGGACUUGGAGGCUGAUCUCAGCUCAUGAAAUUCAUUCGCUACGUAAUUUUUUUUUUUUUUCAUCGGAGGCCUAUAUACAUAUACAUAAAAUGUUGAUGUACCGUGUUACAUUCGUGUAUUUUUAUGUCAAGUUGUUUUUUUUUUUUUUUUUAUUAUUAUUUUGCUAUAGAACACGACCAGGAAAAUAACAUGUAUUAUCUAUUUUAUUUUGUGCAAAGUAUUAUAUACACUGGGUGACUUAUUAAACUGUUUAAUUGAA